CGACACCCCCCCCCCUCCACCGACACCCAGCUUUGGCGGGGGUCCCACCUCGGCGGGGGUGAAGGCAGAGCGACAGCUAACGGCGGAGCUCCGCCACGUCCCCCUGGGAGCUGGCCCCGUGCCACUGGGAAUGUCAUCGCCAUGUUGGCUGUUCCUCUAAGUCAUUCAAGCUGUACUCGCCAAAGGAGCCCCCAAACGGCAACGCCUUUCCCCCUUUCCACCCAGGCACCAUGCUGGAUCGAGAUGUGGGACCUACUCCCAUGUAUCCACCAACAUACCUGGAGCCUGGAAUUGGGAGGCACACACCAUAUGGGAACCAGACAGACUACAGGAUAUUUGAGCUCAACAAGCGGCUGCAGAACUGGACAGAGGAAUGUGACAAUCUGUGGUGGGAUGCCUUCACUACGGAGUUCUUCGAGGAUGAUGCCAUGCUAACAAUCACUUUCUGCUUGGAGGAUGGACCAAAGAGAUACACAAUCGGCCGGACACUGAUUCCUCGUUACUUCCGCAGCAUCUUUGAAGGGGGGGCCACAGAGCUCUAUUACGUGCUCAAGCACCCCAAGGAGUCUUUCCACAACAACUUUGUCUCGCUGGACUGCGACCAGUGCACCAUGGUCACCCAGCAUGGCAAGCCCAUGUUCACCCAGGUUUGUGUGGAGGGGCGGCUGUACCUGGAGUUCAUGUUCGACGACAUGAUGAGGAUAAAGACAUGGCAUUUCAGCAUCCGCCAGCAUCGAGAGCUCAUCCCCCGCAGCAUCCUUGCCAUGCAUGCACAGGACCCACAGAUGCUGGACCAGUUAUCCAAGAACAUCACCCGCUGUGGGCUUUCUAACUCCACACUCAACUACCUCCGACUCUGUGUAAUCCUAGAACCAAUGCAGGAGCUCAUGUCACGGCACAAGACCUAUAGCCUCAGUCCCCGGGACUGCCUCAAGACUUGCCUCUUCCAGAAGUGGCAGCGGAUGGUUGCUCCGCCUGCGGAGCCAGCACGGCAGCAGCCCAGCAAGCGCCGGAAAAGGAAGAUGUCAGGGGGCAGCACCAUGAGCUCUGGUGGAGGAAACACCAACAACAGCAACAGCAAGAAGAAGAGCCCAGCCAGCACCUUUGCCCUGUCCAGUCAGGUACCUGAUGUGAUGGUGGUAGGUGAGCCCACAUUGAUGGGGGGGGAGUUUGGGGACGAGGACGAGCGGCUCAUCACCCGGCUGGAGAACACACAAUUUGACGCCGCCAAUGGCAUUGACGACGAGGACAGCUUCAACAACUCGCCGGCGCUGGGGGCCAACAGCCCCUGGAACAGCAAACCACCCUCCAGCCAGGAGAGCAAGUCAGAGAACCCCACGUCGCAGGCGUCACAGUAACGGCCCCCCUGCCGCCCCGCGGACUCAGUCCCAACCAAUCUACCUGUACAUUUGCAACGGAGAGUGACUGGGAAGUGGCGAGGUACCGGGGCUGGAUCGGUGCCACGUGGCCAGCAAGAUGCACAGCCCGGGGCAUAUGCCAGGCGGGCAGCCCCAGCCCUCGCCCCCCACUGCCUCCCCGCUCCCCCCACGCCUGCCUCCCUGCCGGACCCCAGGGCAGGGGUGGGUUUCCAGGGCUGUGGCAUCAUUAUUCCCCCUUCUCUCUCUUCCUCCCUGCUUCUUCCCUGGAGAACUUUUUGUCCCUGCCCCAAUGUGCCCAGCCGCUCACUGCCUGCUGAGCAGGGGAAUGAGGAGGGAGGUGCUGGCAGCAGCUGGUACUAGCAGGAAGCCAGUGGUGUGUAGAUUCUGUGUGUUGGAGUCUGGCACAGCCCAGAGACCCUCUUCCUCCCUGGGUCCUAUGGCUGGGGUUUUCUGGGCAGUCACCUGCAGUAGGGUUGCACAUUCCCAGCCCAACCUGGGCCUGGGGCAGGAGAGGGGGACAGUGAUGGAAAGCCUUCCCUGUGCUGCUGGCUCUGCCACAGAGCCUCCUCUGGCUGGGGUCAAAUCCUGCUGCGCUGGGGUGGUGUUGAGGAUUGGGCCCUGUCACAUUUCUCUACUCCCCUGCACCCUCCCCUUCCCCUUGCUCCCUCGGGGCAAGAGCACAGCAGGGCCAUGGGGGGACUCUGUAUAUAGGAAGUGUGUGGAGAGGGGCUUUGGGGGGCUAAGGGGGUGCACAGAGGACCCAUGGCUCUGCUAGAGCAGCCAGUGCCCUUGCUCUCUGCCCGCAGCCCCUGCUUUUACCCCUGCCUUGCGUGAGUCUGCCUGGGGCCCCUUUGCAUCCCCUGGCUCCUGGUACCUCCUACUUUCGUCUUUUUUUAAGGAAAAAAA